AAGGCAGAAAGACCAGUACUAGGAUGCAAUUCAGCUCUUCAACGGGAUGAAGAACACAAAAAACUGUCAUACUGUACAUUUUUCAGAAAAAUAACCCGUCUUUGAGUUCUCACGUGGGUUCGAACUCCAAGCACGCUAGAAUUGUGAGCGCCCGUCUUCAUUAUAACCCCAUAUGAGUUAGGUCAAUUUGGCACAUCCAGUGCAUUUACCACGCAGCCGCUCGCCAGCGGAAGCACAUAAUCUGAAAGGGAUUUAUGCGUUCUUCCCCGGGCACUAUGUCUGGAAAGAACUGGACGGAUUUCUUGGAACCAUGUGUUCCUCUCCGAUCUCCCGCUAUGGUUUCACGCUCCAUCUUCGCGCACCAUUAAAUGGUAACGCGGCGUACUGACAACUAUUUAAUUGGGAGUUUAUAAACUGGACCAAAACGAGAGCAGAGAGUAAGACUUUUGUGUGGGAAGUACGCCUCCCCAAAACCAUGUGGAGAAUUGCGACCCUUGAUGCACCGAGCUCUCAUCACGGAGAGAGGAGAAUUUAAAACAGUAAGCUAUUUAGGCCUACAUUUGGAAAUCUCUGCCGAUGAGGAACUGCAAGAAACGGGCAUUUGGUAGAGAAGAAUGGCCCCACCUGAUCUCCUUGACCCAAAGUCUGCUGCUCACAACUCCAAGCCCCGCCUCUCCUUCUCGGCUGCCAAGCCGGUGGUCCUGAACUCCCCCGAGGACGAAUACGACACCACACGCUUCACAGUCAUGAGGUGGAAGACGGUAUCAGUCAUCUUCUUCCUGGUGGUGCUCUACCUCAUUGUGGGAGCCCUGGUGUUCCGGGCGCUGGAGCAGCCCCACGAGAGCCAACAGAAGCUGGCCAUCUUGGCCGAGAAACUGGACUUCCUGUCGCUGCACGCCUGUGUCAACUCCUCCGAACUGGAGGACCUCGUCAAGCAAGUGAUCUCUGCCAUCAGAGCGGGCGUCAACCCAUCAGCGAACUCAUCCAAUCAGACAAGUCUGUGGGACCUAAGCUCCUCCUUUUUCUUCGCUGGCACUGUCAUCACCACUAUUGGCUUUGGGAACAUCGCUCCCCACACGGAGGGGGGACGUAUCUUCUGUAUCAUCUAUGCCCUCCUGGGAAUCCCCCUCUUUGGCUUCCUGUUGGCUGGUGUUGGAGACCAGCUUGGGACCAUCUUUGGGAAAGGCAUCAACAGAGUGGAGAAGAUAGUUGGGUCUCUCCCUCAAAAGUGGAAAGUAAGCCAGACAAAGAUCAGGGUGAUCUCCACCGUGAUCUUCAUCCUGUUUGGCUGUGUCCUCUUCGUGGCGUUGCCGGCGGUCAUCUUUAAACACAUAGAGGGCUGGAGCACGCUGGAGUCCAUCUACUUUGUGGUCAUCACCCUCACCACCAUCGGCUUCGGUGACUUUGUGGCCGGUGAAAAAGGUCUUGAAAAGGGUGGUUCUGAGAUAGAGUAUCUGGACUACUACAAGCCUGUGGUGUGGUUCUGGAUCCUGAUUGGUCUAGCCUACUUUGCUGCCGUGCUCAGUAUGAUAGGUGACUGGUUCAGAGUCAUCUCCAAGAAAACCAAGGAGGAGGUAGGGGAGUUCCGGAUCCAUGCAGCAGAGUGGACGGCAAACGUGUCGGCUGAGUUCAAGGAGACACGGCGUCGCCUGAGCGUAGACAUCUCGAACAAGUUUGAGCGUGCCGCCUCCAUUAAGCGUCGACUGUCCUCAGAGCUGGGCCUCAACCCCAUCACCCAGGAGAUGACCCCGGGCAGGAGGACGCUGUCUGUGAACCUGGGGCCAGGGGAUGAGAGGGAGGCCUACCCCAACCUGGCUCUUUCCCUCACUCCUGUCCCUGGAGCCCUGGCCCGCAAUGGCAGUGGACUCUACCUGAACGGACUCAGUCCGGACUACGCUGAGGUAGCCAUCAUAGAGAGCCUCUAGUGGUUGUGGAUGGAACAUGGAGGUGAGACACAUUUAUGGUCAUCAGUGGAGAUCAUUAAGUGAGACUAACACACACACACACGCUUGUGUGUUCAUGCUCACACUUGUGCUCAUUGGUUAAGAGGCUGGUUGGAGAGACAGACACUUCAAGCUGAGAUCUCAGGCAUACUGUAGGUGAGUUUUCAGACAUACAACCAUGCACACACACAUGUUCGUCAAAGGUGAUGAGAUGCAUACACACACUAGGCUGUGCAGUAAUCGAUUGAGUGCUGUGAGGGAGAGAGACACUGGUCGAUCAUCACUUACAGUAGAUCGAUCAUCACACACAAAUACACACACACACACACACACACACACUAAUUGAUGGAGCUUGUGGAGAGACACGCGUUAAUGCUCCCACUCCACCUGAAAACACAGAGAGGCUCUGAAGUCUGCAUCAGAUGAAGAGGUUCUUCACUGUCCAACACUGUAUCAUCCAAGAUGAAACUUUCUCUAAGGCCUUUUACCCAACAAGUGUUAGGUUCUCACCAGGAGGCAACAAUCAUCACCUAACUUACGGAGCAUGCAGUUGAUGUAUUUUCAAGAUUGUGUCUCUUUUGUAUGGUUCCUGUAUUCAGACUACUAGGGCAGCAUUUAUUUGAUGCCUUGCUUUCAGUAAUAACACAGCUUACAGUUUUAAAGCAGAAUGUUUGGAUCAUUUUUUUUACCUUCAAGAUGGACAUGCAGCUUUUUACCUAAGGAAUAUUCCUAGUGCCUUAAAUAAUGGAACACUUUGAACAGUGUUUUGGAUUGCCGGUGCAUGUUGGACUGAGUCUUAUCUAUUUGGGUCGUUAUCAAGUCUUAAUUCUUACUUAAGCAAUCCUUGAGAAUAUUUGUACAUUAUUUAUGCGUCUUUUAGAGAACACAGCAACACAUCAAGUAACAAAGAGAAGGUGCAUGGAAGGAUAUGAACUUUGACCUUUUGAAGUGGAGAUUUAACAGAAGACAGAGCAUACAAGCAUAUUUCCGAUUGGAGCUGGACUGACUGGGAUAUUUCUGACCUCUGUCUGUCUGUGUGUGUCAACCAUUUUGUCCCUGUUACUGUCCCAUUGUCCCCUGCCUGCAAUGGUGACUUUGUCAUUCAGGCGCAUUACUGAUAGAAUGUCACUCUCUUCCUCCUACUCCUCCUGUUCCUCUCCUCUUCAUCCCUCCUCCUCUCCUCCCACUCAUAGACAAACGUAGACACCAUUUAUCAAAGAGAGAAAUGGUCCAACAGAAGCAUGUCAAACAUUCACCUCUAUGGUUGCCUUUAGUAACUCUGUGUCCCAACAACUCAUCCAUUCAUGUGGAAAUAGUAAGGUAAGAUAUGUAUUUAUCUCAAUGUUAAAUCCAUCAAAAGCAGAAGUGAUCUGCACACAUAGUACAAAGACUCUAAGAUUCUUCUUUUGCCAUCUUUGGUUGGUUUUCUUAAUGCAGCAGGGGGAGGGAGAGGGGGUGUUAAACACAGACGUUUUGGCUAAUGCUUUCGUCAUUAAGUCCCUCACUUGGUCUGCACAUCACUAUUUCUGGGGUUAAACAGAAUACUCAUAAAAAAAAACUCUUCCUGUGUCCACCUGUGAAUAACAGUAUGGUAUCUAAGCAAUGCUUGAGGAAGACAGGGUUUAUAUCAUGGAGUUCCAUAGUGAUGAAUACUUCUCAAUGGGUGGUGGAUGUAGAAGGCAGAUUAGGGAAAUAGCUUGGUAGCCUCAAGGUUUAAUCCGGCUUCUCUCCUCUGACAGGCUAUUCAUCAUGUUGGAUAGAAAUAUAUUUGGGACAUACAUAUAUUGUAUUUUCUUAUACAAAUCAGGCCCAUUUUAUGCAUUUUACUCACUGUUUAUUUUGAUUGGGUGUGUGGGUAAUGGGCAUGGUUAUUGGCAUGGUUAUUUAUGGGCUUGGUUAUGCAAUGUGUUAUAAGGCUGAGGGGAGACUCAAUGAAAAAAAUGACUUGGAUUGUUACUUCAAUGAGGGGAGACUCAAUGAAAAAAUGACUUGGAUUGUUACUUCAAUGAGGGGAGACGCAAUGAAAAAAUGACUUGGAUUGUUACUUCAAUGAGGGGAGACGCAAUGAAAAAAUGACUUGGAUUGUUACUUCAAUGAGGGGAGACGCAAUGAAAAAAUGACUUGGAUUGUUACUUCAAUGAGGGGAGACGCAAUGAAAAAAUGACUUGGAUUGUUACUUGAAUGUAUAAUUUAUUCUGUGCUUUCUUAUUUCCAAUCACGUAUUUAAUGUCAUAUGUUGCCAAAACAUCAUGCAUGUACUUCUCAUGUGCAUCAUACAAUACAAAACAAAGUGUCUUACAAAUGCCCCUUUCAUCAAGAAACAGGUUUACAUUUAACUUUCAAUUGUGAAAAGGGUAAUUAAUGGUUGUUAACUGAACGUAUGAAUGUUUGAAUGGUGAGAAAGCAGCCAGGUCACCUGUGAUACAAAUCAGUAUUUGAAAUCCAUCCAUUUAUUUUAUUUAACCUUUAUUGAACUAGGCAAGUCAGUUAAGAACAAAUUCUUAUUUACAAUGACUUCCUACACCAGCCAAACCCAGAUGACGCUGGGCCAAUUGUGCACCGCCCUAUGGAACUCCCAAUCACAGCCAGUUGUAAUACAGCCUGGAUUCAAAACAGGGUGUCUAUAGUGACACCUACUAGCACUGAGAUGCAGUGCCUUGGAGUGCUGCACCACUCGGGAGCCCAUGUCUGCAGAUUUCGGGAGAUGCCAUGGAAACCGAGCAUUAGGGGCAAGAGUGAGGGCUGUAACCAUCAAAUAGUUGUUGGUUUUGCUAGGGUAUUGGGGACGGGGAUGGCGGAUGGGUGUAAGCAGCUGCCUCUAGUGCUAACGGUUGCAUGUUUGAAUCCAGCAAUAGAAAGUUGUUUUUGAGAUUUGGUAUAGGCUUAAAAAACAGAAAUCUCUUUCAUCCAUCUGCUUCCAGUGCCAAAGGUUGCAUAUUAGAAUCCAGAGAUAGAAAGUAGUUUUGUAGAUUUUAAUUUGAAACCUACCCGAAACCUUAACCCUUACCUUAACCCUUCAGAGUUAAUGCCUAAACAUAACCUUUAAACACUUUGAAA